AAUCUUCUCUUAUUCCAGGCGACUGCUUGCUUCACUGCAAUGGACAUGAUGCAAUAUCAUAGUAAUACCUGAGUGUUUAUCUCUGUUCAGCCAUGAAAGAGACAAUCUGCACAAACACCACUUCUGCAGCAUACACAGAUCACACCCAAGGCCAGCGUUCAGCUCGCCCGUAUGAUGACAUCUCUACUUCUUUCUCCACGUUUUUUCUUUCACUUGUCUUCAGCCUCAUGCGAAAUGCGUACAGAGUCGUAGCGUUAAAGUUUUAUGUGUGUAAUGCAGAAUGUCGGUGAACCCCCCCAGCAGUAACGAUGCCUGCCUCAGCAUCGUGCACAGCCUCAUGUGCCACCGACAAGGCGGCGAGAACGAAGGCUUCGCCAAGAGAGCCAUCGAGAGCCUGGUCAAGAAACUGAAGGAGAAGAAGGAUGAGCUGGACUCGCUCAUCACCGCCAUCACCACCAACGGCGUCCAUCCCAGCAAGUGCGUCACCAUCCAGAGGACACUAGAUGGAAGACUUCAGGUGGCUGGACGGAAAGGUUUCCCCCACGUGAUCUACGCUCGUCUAUGGCGCUGGCCGGACCUUCACAAAAAUGAGCUGAAGCACGUCAAGUUCUGCCAGUACGCCUUCGACUUAAAGUAUGACAACGUCUGUGUGAAUCCGUAUCACUACGAGAGAGUCGUGUCUCCCGGCAUCGUUGGCCUCAGCCUACAGAACACAGCUCCGUCUGGCAGGCUGAUUAAAGAGGAAUACACCCACGACUGCGUUCAGAUGGACGUUCCUCCUGGUUUGCCUCCACAGUCAGACCACCAGGGGGCGAUGAAGCUUCCUGCACCGGAGCAUUACCCCCCACCCCUGCCACCGUUACAGAUGCCCCCUGAAGCGGCACGGUGCCCUCCGCCUGCCAACCUCUACCCCAACAUGCCCCUCUCUCCAACCGCAUCUGGCUCAAUGAUGCCCAUGCAGGGUGGUCACAGCGAAGGUCUCUUGCAGAUCGCAUCCCCUCAGGCUCAGGUCAUGACCCCAACCCCUCCUCCUUCGACGCCCCCUCAGGCCCCGCCCACUCAGAACGGCUACAACGGCUCCAAACACACACAGACACAGGGCUCUUUUCAUACUACUUGGACGGGAAGCAGCACGGCCUCUUACACUCCUAUAGGACGCCAACAGAGCAGCCGUGCCCACCAGCCUCCUCUCCACCACCCCCACUACUGGUCUCAGCAUCACAGUUCAUCAUCGUUCCCUCCGCCAGUCUCCAACCAUCCAGGGCCAGAAUUCUGGUGCUCCAUCUCGUAUUUUGAGAUGGACGUUCAGGUCGGUGAGAUGUUUAAAGUGUUGUCCAGUUGUCCUGUGGUGACGGUGGAUGGCUACGUGGAUCCGUCUGGAGGAGAUCGUUUCUGCCUCGGGCAGCUCAGUAACGUUCACCGUACUGAGGCCAGUGAAAGGGCCAGGUUACACAUCGGUAAAGGUGUGCAGCUGGAGUGUCGAGGUGAGGGCGACGUGUGGAUGCGAUGUCUGAGUGAUCAUGCCGUCUUUGUUCAGAGCUACUACCUGGACAGAGAGGCAGGACGAGCGCCAGGGGAUGCUGUUCACAAAAUCUACCCAGGAGCCUACAUCAAGGUGUUUGAUCUGCGUCAGUGCCAUCGGCAGAUGCAGCAGCAGGCGGCCACGGCUCAGGCAGCAGCUGCGGCUCAGGCAGCCGCCGUGGCAGGGAACAUUCCGGGUCCAGGGAGCGUCGGGGGCAUCGCUCCUGCAAUCAGUCUGUCAGCAGCUGCAGGGAUCGGCGUGGACGACCUGCGCAGGUUGUGUAUCCUGCGUCUGAGUUUUGUGAAGGGCUGGGGACCCGAUUACCCGCGCCACAGCAUCACACACACACCCUGCUGGGUGGAGGUACAUCUCCACCGUGCCCUGCAGCUGCUGGAUGAGGUGCUACACACCAUGCCUCUGGCAGACCCUGGACCUUCUAACUGAGAGCAGGGAGAGAUAACCACACACACACACACACACACACACACACACACUCACACACACACACAGAGCAGUAACACAGAAAGUCUCUGUUUCAGUACUGUUUCUAACGCAUCCUGGUUAACUUUCCCUCAAACUCUGAAAAUAUCAAUAAUCUAUUGGUUAUUUGUGAAUCUGUUCUUUUAACAUUUCAAACACAUGACGAUGUUGGUGGACGUUAAGAAAUUCUAGACAUUAAAGCUAACUAUACAGCUAGAUCAUCACAAAGUCUUAAAUACAGACAACGUAAAGGUUACAAUCCCAUCAGGAACCUCAACAUUUACCUCAGAUGUGCUGGUUACUUACUGAUAAAAUACUGCACGUAGCUAAAACGACACUUUAAUCAGACUUAGCAUCAACAACAGAGCUUUUACUGAAACGUCAACAUCGCGUCACAACGUCAAACGUUCGGAGCCAUCAGAGACUUUUAAAAUAGUGAAUACCACAAAAUUGGUCAGUUUAUAGCGACUCAUGGUGUAAACACAGACAACAUGAUCCUCUUCUACUUAACACAAGAUGACACGAGUCAAAUCUGCUAGCAAUACGGACGAUCGCCUCAGACGACAAGAUAAACGACCGAACGCAGACCUUUUUAUGAUUAAAACGAUACUACAAACGAGUUUAUUGAUAAGAUGUGAGACGGCUUUUUAAAGAGCUAGCGUUCUGACUCCCUGGUACCUGAAACUUAGCAUGCCGUUAGCUAGCUUGCUACCGUAGCUUGCUGAAUGAGCUAAUAAAUUUAGAUUACAAACUGAACAACGUAUUUGAACAUCUUAUUGUCACCAUCGAAGCUUUUUUAGCUUUUUAGCUUUUGAGUUUUUGCAUGAGUCCGUCUUCUGACGUCUACGUUCAGGUUAAAUCCAAAAACGAAACCGAUCGUUUAAUUUGGUUCCUUUUUGGAAGAAUCUUUGAAUAUUUUAUAUAGAAAAGAAAGUUUUUCUUUCUCAAGCCCUAUUCGGACGGGAUUAGUUUUACGUGGGGACGUGGGGGUAAAGUAAUUAUUACCAGAGCUUCUCUGUGAUUUUAGUCCCGUCCGAAUGUGCCAUCUCUGUAAUCAUUACGGACAAUGUCAGUAAAGAUUACGGCGACUUUUACCUUCUGUAAAAAGGUCCGGAAAAAUGACCUCAGGUAAUACUAAUCCCGUCCGAAUAGACCCGCUGUAAAUAUGUACGGUAAAAUUCCGUCAUUUCCUGUUUAAAAGUAGUUUUUGGCGCGUUUUGCAAGCAUGGAGGCGCCAUGUUGUCUGUUUGCGCACGUGAUAACAGGAAGCAACGUCAUACGCACAUGACGACAAGGAGGUUACUGUGGUGCGUAAAGCGAGUUACCCCUCCCACUUCUGCUAGUUUUACUGAGAUGUCUUGUCCCGUGCGAAUUGGCCAAUUUAUAUUACAGACGUCCUGAGGUAAAAUUGCAUUACUCCACGUCCCCACGUAAAACUAAUCCCGUCCGAAUAGGGCUUUAGAGAGAGAGAGAGAGAGAGAGCGAGACAGAGAGAGUGGGUCGAUCAGAACUCCUUUAGGAAUAGAAGAGGAACGCUCUUCAGUCAAGGGGGAAUUGGUAUGAGGGCAAGUCACUAAGGGUGUGUUAAUGACAGUACUGUAACGUAGCCUUACUGUUUAUCGUUCAUCAGAUUCGCAAAUGCAAUCUAUGGACUUGAUCCAUAGGGAUGGAAUGUACUUUUUAGCAGAAUAGCUGUAUGUAUUUAAUUUAGCACUGCCUCUCUUCUGAUUAAUGCAAGUUUCCUCUAGGCAUGUGCCGAUGAUCAGUUAUAGAUCACGGACUGUGUAUUGUUAUAGAAGACUACCCCUGUGUUCCACUCAGGAGGAGGCUGCCCAGGUACGCCACAUCACAGGGACCGUAAAAGCAAAGUAAAACUCGUCCCACUCACAAGGCAGCAUUCUUUCCUUCAGUUUUUUUUUAAUUUUUUUUUGUAAAGACUCGUGUUUUUUUUUUUAAACGGAUAAUUGUGAUAAUGUUAUAAACUGCAAUAAAAGGUUAGUCGGUUAUUACGAUACGUGAAUUUGAUAUCGGCACAUGUCUAGCUUUCACAGGGUUUAGUUCAGGGAAAUAGCUUUACUGCCCGUACACUCUCCGAAAACAAGAGGUACUAAACUGUAUCCUUCCUUGUCACUGAAUUUUUACCCGGGAUGGUGCAUGAAGUGGACCUUUAAAGAUGUAUAUCGUCGCUGUCAGGCGGAAUCCUCGUAUCUCCAAAACCGUUAUUUUUCAGGUAAAUGAAAAAAACGCUGUACCUUAUCUGCAGUUCACAGGGUUUAGUCCGAGUUGCAGUGGAUUGUCUUGCGCUAAAUUCCUGUCCUCAGACGAGCACCAGAACUAGCGGGGGUCAAGAUUUUUUUUUCUUUGAGCCCAGUGUUUUGAAGACAUUUACCUCAGAAGAUGUGUUGAUUCGUUGCGACUCUUCUUGAGGAGAAAUAUGCCGCGAAGCUCUCCCGUCGAGUGAGGAAGAGGUGGACAGUUGAAGUGUCCAAUGGAGUUAUGAGAUUUGCGCUCAAGCUAUUUUCAAGACUUUAGAUUGGUUAAUAACAGACUGGUAAAUAACAGACCCACGUGGGGACUGACCAAUAGCAUCGAUAUGUGAAAAAAUAUGAAAUUGACCAAAUGUGGACAUACGAGGUUUCCGCCCGACAGCGACGAUAUGUAGAUGUACUUAAAUCAGUGGUGGUUUAGGGGUUAGCAUGACUGCCUCGCACCUCCGGGGUUGGGGACUGAUUACUGUUUCCACCCUGUGAGUUUGGAUGUUCUCCCAGUGAGUCAGGGGUUUCCUCUGGGUACUCUGGUUUCCUCCCCUCAGUCCAAGGACAUGCGAUAUAGACUGAUUGGCAUUUUUAAAAAUUGUUUGGAGUGUGUGCAUGUGUGUGUGUGUGUGUGUGUGAUUGUGCCCUGUUUGGCUUGGCACCCUGUCCAGGGUCUCCUCUGCUUUGUUCCCCUCCAAAGUUUUAUCUUUUAGACUCAUUGUGAUCUUUUCCAUUGCACUGAAGGUUAGAUAAAUAAAUAAAUAAAUAAAUAAAUACAGGGGAAGUCGUGGCCUAAUGGUUAGAGAGUCUGACUCCUAACCCUAAGGUUGUGGGUUCGAGUCUCGGGCCAGCCACGACUGAGGUGCCCUUGAGCAAGGCACCGAACCCCCCAACUGCUCCCCGGGCGCCGCAGCAUAAAUGGCUGCCCACUUCUCCGGGUGUGUGUUCACUGCUGUGUGUGUGUUCACUGCUGUGUGUGUGCACUUUGGAUGGGGUAAACACAGAGAACAAAUUCUGAGUAUGGGUCACCGCACUUAGCCGUAUGUCACGUCACUUUCACCUUUCAGUAGCCACAAGGGUCACGUUCAGUAAGAAGGAAAGGAACAGUUUAGUACUUUCUUUUUUGAGAGUAUGCACUGGUCCAGAUUUGCACACGGUUGAAUUAAAGUAAUAAUAAUACAGAACAAUAUUCACUAAUACAGAAUGAUCGACUCACACACACACACACACACACACACACACACACACACACACACACACACGACUUCUGCAGGUUUGUUAUGUGCGUGAUAACUCUGCGUGCUCCUCAGAAGCCAGCUCCUUGAGGCCAAACUGUUCAGGAACUCACUUUAGACGAAAAACAGAACAGACCUCGAAACCCAAACUCUCACUAUAUCUGUGUUUUGUGUUCCUCUGUGUGUGUGUGUGUGUGUGUGUGUGCGUGUGCGUUUGGAAGCCACCUCCACUUCCCGUGCUCGUCCCGAGUGCGUCCGACGAUCCGUACGAGCGCUGCCUUCGAGCUCUUUUAUUUUCAUAAGAAAAAAAGAAGAAAAAAAGAAAAGAAACAUUUGUUCAGCUUUAAAAUGGUGGUGUUGGUAUUUGUGGUGCUGCAGUAUGGUGUUUGUGAGCAAAUCAUCUGCCAUGUGGUGUACACCAAAGCCUCAGAAUACCUCAUCGUAACGGAGCACGGACCCACGGAUUUAUGUUUUAAGCCAAAAAAAAAAAAAACGGGACAUUAUUUGGAGUCUUCACUGCACCUCAUGCUGUUGUAUUAAGUGAAAAGGGAAAAUAGGACCAUAACUCAUCUAGUAACUGAAUUUCAGCAAUGUUUAUUUUUUGCUUCAGGACAUUUAGAGGACAUUUAUUUACGUUUCCUGACUCUGCACUGGUUUAAUAGGAAAUCCUAAUAACGCUAACAUGCAGGAAUAAUAAGGAGUAAAUAUCAUCACGAUACAUGAUACGAAUUCCCACCAAAAAAUGUGAAGCCAUAAUCUGAAUAUUUGUAUAUUAACAAGAUUUUUGCUUCUAAAACAAACAACAAAAAAGUUCCUUCUUACCGUCGACAGCUACAGAGCUGUUUAAACUCUUAUCAUUACAUUAAUAUGUCGCAAUAUCACCCAACCAUGAUACCAGGAAAGUGUAUUCAUUAAUGUUCCAGCUAUUUCAUGGUAUAUUGUUGUACCUCUAUAUUGUACCAAAUGCUUUUUUUUUUUUUUAUCUAGUCACCUCUUAGUAUUAAAGCCUAGAUCACGUCCUCCGUCUCCUGAUCUACCUUCUGAAACCUACCUAUCUUCUUACGGAGGUUUCUCGAUUUCUCUGUACACGAUUCAUCUUCGGUCAGAUUCCAGCUCUUCAGCAGUCGGACCGGGUGCGUAGGAUUUGUGCAGGAAAGGGAAUAAAUUGGAGGAAUUUUCAUCCUUUGAUUAUUAAUAAAUAAUUAAUAAAAUACACUAUUGUAAAUACAUCACAGUGAGUAUUAAGUAAAAGUAUUGUAUGUGCUCACGUAUACUGUAUGCAUUCAUAAUAAAGGAAGUGUUUAACGGUUAUGCACUAAAGACGUGGACGGGUGAGACGAGAUCGCAUGUAUUCACAGACCACUGUUACUAUAUGUAAUGUUUUGUUUUUUUUGUUUGUUUUUGGGGGGGCUUUAUAUUAUUCGUGCCUUUUUCUCUGGUGUCGUUUUUACGUUGGAGGAUUUAAGUUCGGUGAGUUAGCCAUGUGCCGAAAAUUUGUAAAAUGUUUAAAACAGUAUUGUUACGGUAAUGUGGACAUCAAUAUAAUAUAAUAUAAUAUAAUAUAAUAUAAUAUAAUAUAAUAUAAUAUAAUAUAAUGUAAUGUAAUACUCAGCCUUCUGUCCUAUUCAGAAGGCAGUUACAGGUGCAGUCACUGAGUUUUAAAUCAAGAGACUUUAAGAAGCUCUGAUAAAUUCCCCUCACAUUUCUUUAAUAGGGGGGACACGGUGGCUUAGUGGUUAGCACGUUCGCCUCACACCUCCAGGGUCGGGGUUCGAUUCCCGCCUCCGCCUUGUGUGUGUGGAGUUUGCAUGUUCUCCCCGUGCCUCGGGGGUUUCCUCCGGGUACUCCGGUUUCCUCCCCUGGUCCAAAGACAUGCAUGGUAGGUUGAUUGGCAUCUCUGGAAAAUUGUCCGUAGUGUGUGAGUGAAUGAAAGUGUGUGUGUGUGUGCCCUGCGAUGGGUUGGCACUCCGUCCAGGGUGUUUCCUGCCUUGAUGCCCGAUGACGCCUGAGAUAGGCACAGGCUCCCCGUGACCCGAGGUACUUUGGAUAAGCGGUAGAAGAUGAAUGAAUGAAUGAAUGAAUGAAUUUCUUUAAUAAACUAUGUAGAUAAGAAUCUCUCAUCUCUACAUAGCCCCAGAUUCUAAAAACGUGAGAAAAAUAAACACAAUAUAGACCGCAGACAUCAAACCGAUCAGGAUAAGGAGGCGUCUCUCGCUCAGUUAUAAAAUUGCGUUAGGAUUAACUGUAUGUUCAAGUCCUUCUGGGAAGUUUGGAUUUCUGAGUUGGGAAGUCUACGAUCGUUUAUUUUACAUAUAUAAUAGUAUCGCGUACGACGAAGCUGCUUACGAAAUGUUAGCUGGCUUGUAAAGUGGUUUUGUUAGAUCGGUCGCUUUGCCUUCAUUUGGUUAAUGCUACUCAAUAGUUUUUAUUAAAGUUAGAUUAUAAAGUAACAUGAUGCUUAUUACAUUGUUAUUACAUUAACAAAGUUAGCUAGGCGCGAAGAGGCUCUGUUACUGAAUGAACGUACCGUGAGACACAUCAGGGGUUUUAUUUGCUUAUAAAAUGAGAACCGCGAGACCUGCACAUUUUACAGAUUGUCUAUAAUAUUGUUUAACAAUUUAAACAAUGGUAAGAUGUCAUACGAUGUCAGUUAUCUGUCCACGUUAUCAUGUGAUGUCGAUCGGCGCAUGUCUAAUAUCUGUUAGGUGACGUUUUAUUUGAUUUCAUUGUAUUUAAUGGUUUUGUUUGCAGCGAUUAGGAAACCCUUACUAUGUCUGGAAUGUAUCUUCUCUUCAGUUACAGAGAGAUUUCAGGUUUCAUGAUGGAUGCAAGAGUUCGGGGUUUGAUAUGACGCAGGCUCAGGUCGCACAGAGAACUCCGAGCCUCUGUGAGCUUAAAUACAGCUCAGCUCUUUACAAUGAUUCUGCCUUUUAUUUCAGCAUCAUUUCAUACAUGACUUUAGAUGUCUUCUGGUUGGAUUCAAACCUGAACUUCAACCUGAACUUUUACUCCAGAUCAGAUCACAGGGAAUCGAUUGCUCCUCUGUCAAAACCAACCCCCAUCCUCGACCCCAUUUCCAGCCACAACAACCCCAUCCCUCCAUCCCCCCAUCCCCCGACCAUCCUGGCGCCAAAAGUCCAUUCGGCUCUGCUUGAACUUGUACAUAACAUUUACUACACGAGCUAUUGGUGAAUUAAAAUAGUGAUUUUAAGCAUCUGUUAUAAAGUUAGAAAUAGAGUUUAGUUUUGCUACUGCAUAGCUUGCUAAUUACUGUAGCGCAGAAACAAACGUCUUAGUCCGAACCCGUCAAGCCGCGACCGCUUUAGACAACAUCUUCGUUCUGCUUCAAGGUGAAACGAAGGUCGGCGUCUUCUACAGUCGUCACCAUUAUGUAAAAGUAGGUUUAUUUCUAACACCUCGUGCCAUUACUCCUACAAUAUAUUUGGUGUUCUGUUGUAACUUAUCUGAGAAUAGAACCUUUCCUUUAGUCAUGGUUCAUCAGGACAAACUAAAAAAGCGCUUGUCCCCUGUUUGCCUCUGAUGCUUAAUGAAGUUAUAAAAUACAUGAUGAAAUCAUGUUUCAGUAACAUGACAAUCAGUGAACUGGAGAAAUUGAAUCUAAAAGCAUUCCACGUGUUUCUUACAAAGUAUUUAUCAGUAUGUUACCAGUAUGCUAAUGUGAAAACUGGACUAUUUUAUUGAUAUUGUUCUUUCAGUUAUUGUUGUAAUUAGAAUAAUUUUAUUGUUGAACGACGUUCAGCUCCUGUAUGUUGACUGUACACCAAAGUUAAGUAAA